AUGAAGGAAAAGUCGGUACCGGACGCGACACAGCGCCGUGAAAGCAACGGCCAUCAAAGGCGCAAGAGCGUGUCGAAAGUGGAAGAGGAGCCCACCUUCAUCGCUGAAGAGAGCUUGACCUGCCCCAUCUUGUCUAAGAUUGUUCAAGCAUUUACGUACGCGAAGGCGUCCUGCUACUCCGAAAAAGACGGAGACCUCAUGCCCGGGAGCAAGGUCAUUACAGGUCUUCAUGAUGCAGCAAUUCACAUUGGCUGGAAGGAAGAGGGCAUGGUGCUUGUCGUGGCAAUCAAGGUGGGCCGUUUCUUUCAGAGCCCGCGAGUAGAGGUCGCCACAGAGCUGAUGUCGGCGGUCUAUGACCACCGGCGGAUGCCCACGUUCCUGGAGAAUGUGGCGCCCAACGCUGAGGUGCACAAUGACUUCUUGGACAUCCUUGACAGCUUCCAGCGGCGUGAUGAUGGCACAGAAGUGCUGGCAGAGACCGUCAAAGAGCUGACAGGGGGCCGCACCCCGCGGCGCAUACUGCUGACAGGGUUCUGCAUAGGGGGCUCACUGGCAACCAUCGCCGCCUGCUGGGCAGCUUUGCAGAGCCCGACCUCAGACGUGCGCUGCAUCACUUUCGGCGCCCCCAAUGUUGGCAACGCCGCCUUUGCAGAGGUCUUCCGGUGGGUCGUGGGGAACAGCUACAGGGUGUCCUUUGGAAAUGACCCCAUGAUCCAGAAAGGCGGUGGCUUGUUCUCCUCGUUCGUGCCUGUCCGUGGCAACAUCUACCUGACUGAAGAGGCAGACAUGGCUGCAGAUCACUGGACGGCGCCAUGGAAUCGGGACAUGAAGGACCAUUGCAUUCUCAAGUACUGCGCUGCCCUGAAGACGGCCAUGAACAAGACCGUGAAGAUGGAGGACAGCCGCUGCGCUGAUAACCCGGCCUGCAGCAGCGAGUGCAAGCUUGAGACGGGGCCGGAGCUGCCGGAGCCCGUGUCGCGGCGGGGCAGCACCACUGCCGAGCACGUGAUCCCCGCAAUCUCCCAGGCAAAGGCGGCCGGCGAGCAGCAGAGCCUGCAGAAGCUGGCAGGAGCUGCAGUCCCCGCCUCCGUCAGUCAAGCAGCCGCCACAGCAACGACCGCUGCGCCGGCGGCUGCGGCGGCGGCAUCGGGAGGGAACCCCGCAGACGCCGGGCGGCAUGAUCACCUGUUCAGGCCGCCAGGGGGCGCGGUGGCGGGGGGUCCCGGGGGCGUGCAGAAACAUCCGACGGCCGCGGCGCAGGGAGGCGCAGACGAGCAGCCCCGGCUGGACGAGGCAUGCACGCGCUGCAGCGAGCUGGGCGUGGGGCCAGCGCCCGACAAGCGAGAGGACGAGACGGAGGACCAGCGCGAGCAGCGGCUGCAGUCCAAAGCCGCCGGCCUUUUCCGCUCCGUCGUGCAGGAGGCCACCGGCAACCAGGACAUUGGGUUGGCGCAGCCGCCGCGGUGGCUGAUGCGUGCAUUCAGCCUGCUGGAGCGCGAUGACCUCACAGUGGACCUGCACGAGCUGCAUACCCUACAGAAGGUCCUCACCAUUGGCAAGAUCUCAGCCGCUGUGGUGUUGGCGGGUGCGGCGUACCAGGAUGAGGAGAACUAUGCGCGCAUGGCGAACCUGCCCCGCGACAAGACACGCCUCAUCGAUGACAAGGAUGGCGCCGACACGCAGGUGCAUGUGUCGUGGAUUGACAGCGGCACGGCCGUGUUCUCCUUCAGGGGCACGGAGAGCACCAAGGACGGGCUGCAGGACCUCAAGUUUGUGCGCCGCAACAUCGACUACCUGCAGCGAGCCUAUCCCGGCGCCAAGGCCCAUACAGGCUUCCUGCAGCAGUUUGCGGCGGUGGUGGAUGAGUCGCGGCCGCACAUGCACAUGGGCAUGGUGCUGGCAGAGCUGUCUGGCGGCCGCAAGCCCAACCGCGUUCUCUGCACCGGCCACAGCCUCGGAGGCGCCCUCGCCACCCUCGGCGCUGCAUGGGCCGCGAUCGAGUACCCGGACGCGGACAUCCGCUGCGUGACGUUCGGCAGCCCGCGUGUUGCCAACCGCAAGUUCAAGCGCGCAUUCCACGCCCUGGUGGGCACCUCGCUGCGCCUCACCUAUGGCGGCGACCCAGUCCCAUCCAUCCCCCCCAGCUUCAGGUAUGACCAUGUGGGCAGCUCCAUCCACGUGAAGCAGGGCGGCCUAACCCUCAAGAGCCGCCCCUGGCACGCGGCAUGGCGCCCAGUCGUUGGUCAUCAUUUCCUCAACAAGUAUACUGCCGGAGUCUACAGCCUCCUGCCUGGGGGUUUGGAGGCGCUCCCGGCGUUUGAUGACAAGGACUUCAAGCUCCCUUCUGAAGCAAGAUCAGUCGGCUGCUUUGGUGUCACCCGCACGCUGGAGACCGAGUCAGAUGACUCCGAGUCUGACUCCCCCCGGCAUCACAAGAAUGGAGAGACCACGGUUGACGAGCAAGGGAAGAAGAGGGGAGUGAAGCGCACGGCCAGCGAGGGCAGCGGAGGAGUGGGCAUCAUCAGGCGCUCCUUCCAUCGCAUGACAUCCUCCAAGCCCAAGACCCUCGACAAGUCACUCAGUGACCUCACCAACGGCGGCACCACAUUGGAGCAGAUUCCUGAGGGGGCCCAGCCGCCGCUGGCAGCCGAGAACGCGGAGGAGCCGCACGCAAACGGCGUUGACAAGCCCAAGAAGGAGCCCCUGCUGGCGCGGCUCAGCCACGGCUUCAAGCGGCGCCCCAGCGGCGACAAGGUGGCCGCAGCCGACGGCGCUGCAAGCAUGCCGAUGCUGGCCCCGGCUGUGGCCGCGCACUGA